AUGAAUACUAGUCAUGACCAUAUUUUCGAUCAGAUCAAAUUCAAACUUGAUGAUGAAACGAUCGACCCGGAGAAGCGAUCGUUUUGGGUUUUGUUGUCGUCUUUAGUAUUAUUUGUAGUAUGGAUAGUUUUCCUCACAUAUUAUUUAUCCCGUAUAGCUGGACCAAUUGUUUCGUUCAUAUUGAACAGAUACCUGCGCUUUACGAAAACUCCGGGCCAUAUCAAGCUUACAAGCUUUUCUCUCAGUUUACUAGGCGGCAAACUUAUGUUCAAAGAUCUUUUGUUUGCGAACGAUGACUAUUCUCUUCGAAUUAACGACGGGUGGAUAAUAUUCUCAUAUUGGAGUUAUGUUCCAGGUCGAAAGGUUAACUUCAAAAGCAAUUCGUCGCGGCUUCAUCUUUCUCUGAAUGGCUUGCAGAUCCAUAUCUAUAACAGGGUUCAGCGUUAUAAGGAGAUUGCCAAGCUGUUUCGUAUGGAAAAGAUUUUUGGAGAUGACGUCGAGGUCAAGAGAGCAGUGCCAAUCGACAGUGCUGCCCCAUCUGCUUACUGGGACCGAAUCUGGUCCUUAGUGGGUGUGAUCAAGCUGGACAUUUGGUCUGGUCGUGUGGUAGUCGGAAAUCGGCUUCUGCCGUAUAUGCUAAUUGUUUCGAUGGAGAAUAUGAACAGCAAGGUCCGUCUACGUGAAUCGGCGGCUGAUCGAGCGCUGCUUUCCGUUGAAGGCCAGGCCGAGAGUGUUCGUGCUUCAUUUCUGAAGCAUCCUGAGUACAACGGAAUGCCCUACAAGGACCCACCUCGUACAAUGGGAGACGGUUUUGCUAUCCUACAAAGUGCCCUUCUUCAUUUUUUCUACCAUCAGGAUAUCUUAGGCUAUGUGACAGUUGACGAACAGUCCCUAAUCACUCAGCGGCCAAUUUGGGAGUCUAUAUGGCGUUUCGAUCACAACACAGUAAUUUCAUAUGGCCCAUGGGCAGAGCAUCAACGAGCCUUGCUUUACAGUUUCUUCUUCCCAUCAGACUAUCAGACUUUAGUACCAGAUGAACUCCCUAAACGGGGGAAACGACGGAUUCAUAUUAUGCAUGAUGUGCGUAUUUCCCUUUUGAAAGAGACUUCUAUUGAUGUAUGGUUCAUGCGUGGAGAUCAGCUAGAGAGUGUACAUAGUCGCUGUCAGCCAGGAAGCACGAUUGAUAUGUCGAUAUGGUGGAUAACGAAGGAAGAAGGAUUCAGCUGGAGUAUGCAUAUAUCUCUUCUACGACUAGAGAGCACAUCCUCCCUACCAUAUCGGAAGCUUUUGGAGGCAGAAACAUUCAGCGUUGAUGCCGAGUUCAAGUACCCAAGGGUAUUUAAUGCUAAACAAACGUGGGAUUUCAAGUUUCGUUUAACAAAGUGCUGUUGCUGGCUUGUUUGGGAUCAUCAACGAUUUGUAUCGGACCUAAUAAACGAGUUCUUGGGCGACACUUCAGCUGAUCUUGUUACGUUUAUACCAUAUACAGUCAAUAUCGACUUUGAUGUUUCGGAUAGUUUUGAGGACCUAAUAAACGAGUUCUUGGGCGACACUUCAGCUGAUCUUGUUACGUUUAUACCAUAUACAGUCAAUAUCGACUUUGAUGUUUCGGAUAGUUUUGAGGCUAUUCUGCUGCUGAACGAGUCGAAUUGGGUGGAUCCGUCCGAAAAGAAUCCGGAAAAUGUGGAAGCUUCUAUUGUUGGGAGUCACUUUAACAUAUCUUUCUUGAUGCCGUUCGAGGAUUUCCUACCGGAGUUGGUCUCGACUACAUAUACGCUACGGCUAGAAAACUCAUUAGCUUUACGCCUGCGUUAUCCUCCAGGAAGUGCAACAGCGCCGGUAGUGGCGGCGUUGUCGCGUGGGGCUUACACUAAUCAGUACAGUACUCCUUCGCCUCAUGGACGGCACUCAAAGAAUACGGUAGGGGUUUUGAUCUUUGCAUGA